UUCUGGACUCUGUCGCUUUCCGUCAUCCUCGGAAGUAAAUGUUCAGUGUGUUUAGUUGAGCACCACUCGUUCAAAUCCAGAUAUUUACUGUAUAACGUGGAUUAAAAUAUCGUCUAAAAUGUCUGGGGGAACCCAAUUGGAGAACGCGAACCCUGUGAUUUUUGAGCGGUCUGGGGAGAGGCUGCUGACGGCGUCGGAUGAAGAUGAAGAAGUCCAUGACCCCAUCGACGACAGAGAGAUAUUCGAUCUGAUCAGAUCCAUCAACGACCCGGAGCAUCCUCUGUCUCUGGAAGAACUCAAUGUGGUGGAGCAAUUCAGAGUCAAGGUUAAUGAUACGGAGAGCACUGUGGAUAUUGAGUUCACGCCCACUAUCCCCCACUGCAGCAUGGCAACACUCAUCGGCCUGUCAAUCAAAGUCAAGCUGCUGCGCUCCCUGCCAGACAGAUUCAAAAUUGAUGUCCACAUCACUCCUGGGACUCAUGCCUCAGAGGAAGCAGUGAACAAACAGCUGGCAGACAAGGAGAGAGUGGCAGCAGCCCUGGAGAACUCCUCUCUGCUGGAGGUGGUCAACCAGUGUCUGACCACCAGGAGCAUCUGAGCAGCCAAUCAGCUUUCUUUGUUGUCUUCUUCUUUCAGCCUCUGAUCUUUGACAACUGAGAUGCAUUCGCUAAGCUGUCUCUCUGUCCGCCUAUCACCAGUCCUGGUUUGAGCGGCUGCAACUGGCGGACAGUCAGGAUCAUGCAGAUCCAUACAGUUCCUGUGCUCUAGUGUUUCCUAGAUAUAAUUAAAGGGCAACCCUAUUCUCAGUUGUGUCCACCCAAAGAGAAUAAUAUAAUCUGUUAAUCAUGACGCACAGUAGUGGGUGGUAGUGAAGUAGGAUUGUCCAGUAUGAAAAAAUUCUACUGGUGAGGUUCUUCAUACAGGUUAAUGCCUGUUUUAUAUUCUGAAAUUUGUAUUGUAACAUAUGCAAUGAGUAAUAUUUGGCUGCAGACUGCAGAAACAAUUACCAUCUGUAUAUAAAAUGAAUGCUUUUGAAAUUUUAUUAAAAGUCUACACAACAAAAAUGAA